AUGCUUCUGCUGACCUCCUGCGGCCACGACCAGUUCACGUGCAGCGACGGGCUCUGCAUCUCGAAGGACAAGCGCUGCGACCUCUCGCUUGACUGCCCCGACAAGAGCGACGAGGCCAACUGCAACAGGGUGUCUCUCCCGACGGGCUACUCCAGCAAGCUCCCGCCCCCGAGGAUCGACGACGGCCCGGUGCCCAUCUACACGUUCCUCACCGUCCGGACGAUACGGAAGUUCGACCUCGCCAACUUCAGGAUCGCCAUCGACCUCCAGGUGCAGAUGAAGUGGCUGGACACGCGGCUGCAGUUCCGUAACCUGCAGAACGACCACAGAUCCAACAAGCUGGACAACUACACGGAGGUUUGGGCGCCUUCCCUCAAGCUCAUCGACGGGACGUACGGCACCAUCGUGGAGCACAUCCUGAGCAAGGGCGUCUUCGUGAUGAAGGAGUCGGAUCCUCUUCCCGACGACGACGCCAUUAUCUACGAAGAAUACAAGUACGACGGAGCCAAGAACUUACUCCUUUUUCAAGAGGAAAUGACAGUCGAAUUCGCGUGUUAUUUUGACCUCGUCAUGUAUCCGUUCGACCAGCAACAGUGUUACCUCAUGUUCGAAAUCCAUGACUAUGACCUCGGGUUAGGAUAUCUCGUGAAACUCUACGAGUUCAUUGAUCAUAACGCCAGCCACGUCGGGUUCUUGACCUCAAUGACCAAGCGAAAAGCACGUAAUUCCAUGUUUCUCUUCCAGUUGGAGCUGAUGUUCAGUAACCAGUUCCGGUACUACAUCGGCAACAUCUUCAUGCCAAGCCUCAUGCUCGUCGUGCUGUGUUACGUGACGCUUCUGUUUGAUCUCAGUGAUUUUAAUGUCCGUUCACGCCCCUCAAACAAUAUGAUCAAUGCAUACACGGUUUAA